AUGGAUUUGGGCAAAAUUUCCAUCCCUAGCGGCGGUGUUAUCAGGGACCAUCACGAUCGUUGGGUCAUUGGGUGCUACUCUCGGGUAGACGGCGGGAACGCGUUCAAAGCGGAAGCCUUAGCGUUGCGUGGUGUGCUCCAGCUAGCUUGGGACAAAGGCUUUCGACAAGUUAUCUGUGAUGUAGAUUGUGUUGAUUUAGUGAAGAUUGUAGUUGAUCCAGAAGCGGUUCAGCUUCACACAGAGUUCUUGGUGCUUUAUUCAAUUCGCCAGCUUAUAUCCAUGGAGUGGGACGUGAAGUUGAAUGAUGUCCAUCGUGAUAGCAACGCUAUAGCGGAUUACUUAGCUUGGAGAGGUGCUGCAACUGGUUUGUGGGUGAGAUUGAGAAUCAGAUUCGGAUGUUGA